UAUUUUUAUGCUAUAUUGCAGAAUGUAAACAUUCCCUAAAAUAUAACAUCAAGUUAAAUUUGAAGAUGCAAGCCCCAGCUGAAAACAAACCAAUUAAAUAUAAGAGAGAAGAUUUCAUUUUUGGAAAAACUCUUGGAGAAGGUUCUUAUUCAAUGGUUUGGCUGUUGUUGGUUAUUUUUUACCUAGAUGUAGCUAUUGUUGGUUAUUUUAUUACUAAUAAAGUUGUCAAUGCUAAAGAGAUCAAAACAAACAAAGAAUAUGCAAUCAAAAUUCUAGUGAAGCAGCAUAUCAUUCGUGAAAAAAAAACUCAAUUUGUAACUCGUGAAAAAGAAAUUUUAUCUAUGACCAAUCAUCCAUUUAUUGUCAAGUUGUACUUUACAUUUCAAGAUCAAGAUAAUUUAUAUAUCGGUUUAAGUUUAGCCAAAAAAGGUUCGCUGCAGCCAUACAUUGUUAAAUUAGGUGCAUUUGAUGAAGUAUGCACUCGUUUUUAUUCAGCUGAGAUUAUUGUUGCAGUUGGUUAUCUUCAUGAUUUAGGAAUAAUACAUAGAGACCUUAAACCUGAAAAUAUUUUAUUAAGUGAAGAUAUGCACAUCAAGUUAGCUGAUUUUGGAACUGCAAAACUUUUAAAUUCCUCGCAAAAUAUAGGUGAAAAGAAAAAGAACUCAUUUGUUGGUACUGCUCAAUAUGUUUCACCAGAAUUACUGACCCAAAAGUUAUCAAGUAAAAGCUCUGAUUGGUGGGCUUUAGGCUGUAUUAUUUAUCAGCUACGAGCUGGUCGACCUCCUUUUCAGUGUGGAAAUGAAUACCAAACUUUCCAAAAAAUUAUUAAACUAGAAUAUACAUUUCCAAAAGGUUUUCCAGAUAAAGAGAAAGUCUUAGUGGAGAACUUACUUGUUUUGGAUCCUGAAAAAAGAUAUACUUAUGAUGAUUUGAUAAAUCAUCCAUAUUAUGAUGGUAUUGAUUUCCAAAACCUUCAUUUGCAAACUCCUCCUAAGUUGAUGAUAUAUCUGCCAUCCAAUGUACCAGGACAACCUGGAAUAUAUGAAGAAGUAAAUAUAGAUCAUUUAUUAGAAGAAGAUUUGGAAUUAGAAUGGGCAGUUGAAGGUCUUCAAUUAUCUAACCAUAAUAAACAAAAUGGUAACGCAAAUGAAAACACUAAAACAGAAACAAAAUGGGAUCAAUUCGUUGAAGGGCACGCCAUAAUUAAAAUGGGUAUUAUUGAAAAACGAAAGGGUUUGUUUGCUAAACGUCGCCAAUUGUUGCUUACGGAAGGUCCUGAACUUUACUAUGUUGACCCAAGUGCCAUGGUGUUAAAGGGAAAAAUUCCUUGGACUAAAGACUUAAGACCAGAGGCCAAGAACUUUAAAAUAUUUUUUAUUCAUACACCGCGUCGAACAUAUUACUUAGAAGACCCUGAAAGUAAUGCCAUGGCUUGGGUAAAAGAAAUCGAAAAAGUUCACGAACGUUACUUUACUUCAAUAAAUAAUUCUAGCUUUAUGGUAUGAUUCGCUUUUAAUGCUUUAUAGUUUAACUCCAAUAUCAAUUAGCAAAGCUCCUCCGUAAAUAUAUCAAACAAAAUCAGAACGUUUACCAUGCACGUGAUGUGUUACUUUAAAUAAGGUUGAUAAUUUUUUUUCAAUCUCGGUUAUUUAGUUUACGUUUAUUUAUAGAGAGAAAUAUUUAAGGAUAAAUUACUUUUUUAACAUGGGUUGAAAAUUAAAAAACUUAGUUAAAAUUAUAUGGAAAAUACAAAUAAAAAAAAAUGCUUGUGUGUAAAACCAAAUUUAAAAAAAUAGUAACUUUAAUUCUUCCAAUCCAGAUGUGUAACGGAUAUUGCACAUAUAGGACCGGAUUAAAGAAACAGGUCAAGUAUUUCCUUGAAAUUCCGGUCUUUAGAUGUCUCUAAGUUUGCUCGGGUUUUAGGACUAAUGGCAUUAGACUACAAGUUUUCGCAAGUGUAACCUUGAUCUGAAAACUUUAGUUCGGUCCUUUAAAUAUAAGACUUUUUUUUAUAAAAACUAGAUUUUUGUUUUUACGUUUACGUUUAUUAUUGGAUAGACAAAAAUUUAGGAUUAUUUACUUGUUUAAUUAGUAUUAAAAAACGUAUUCUAACAGGAUAAUAGUAAAUCGUUUUUUGUUUUUUUUAAUAGUAUAUCGGUUUUUAUUUUUUUAAGAACAGAAAAAAAAAAUUAUUCUUAAAAUUAUUUUUUUUUUUUUAAAUUUCUUUACGAAACGACCGAUUCAAAUAAGUAAGUUUUUUUUUUUCUAGUGAUUCUCGUUUAAAAUAUGCAAUUAAUACUCUUUUUAUUGUAUUAUAAUUAUCUAUAAUUUAAUAGUGUUUAUUUCAGAUUUUUUGUUUCAUUAUUAUGAUUUCGGAAUAGGUCAUAUCAUUUAUCAUAAAUACAUUUUUUUAUUAUUAUUAUUAUUUGCUAAAAUAUUUUUAUUUCAUUUUAAUAUCUGCCUUUACCAUUAUAUGAGCUGGUGAGAAUCAGCAUUAUAUUAGCUGGUGAGAAUUAGCAUAGUGUUCAAAAUAAGUCAAAAUAAAAGUUGAGACUAUCAACGAUUUCUAAGCAUCAUUCUGUUAAAUUUGAGACUUUAUAUAAAGUUUAUAUAAAGUAACUGGCGACUGAUUUUUUUCUUUUAGUUUUGUGGGAUUUUCUAGUACAUCUAAUAAAUAUGAAACGUUGACUUACACCAUUCUGUUUCUCAUCGGCUCAUAUGAAAUAAUUUUUAAAAAAUCUAAUUUCUUUUGCUUCAAAUUUUUUCAAAAAUAAUUUUUUUUUUUUUUUUUUUUUUUUUGCUUUAAUAAAAAUUAUCUUAAUUUGAUUUUUGAUUUUAUAUUACGUCGGUUAUAAUAUUGAUUUUGGAUUUAUCUAAAUCGUGGAUUCAGCAUGCACAAUUUUAAAUAUAUAUUUACGCUAUUUUUUUCUUUAUAGCUAUUGUUAUUAUUUAUUUAUCAUAGUUCAAUUAGAAAAUAAUGUUUAUAAAUAAUUGAAAUGUUAUUAUUUUUUAUGGAUUGUUACAUACUUAAUAAUUUUUUUUAAAGUAGAUGUAGAGAUGAGUAACAAGCGACUUUUUUUUCAUUGUUACGGCUUUUUACUAUGUUUAGUUAACUUUGUAAUAACUAAAUUUAUGUCAAAAGUUAGAGUUUUGUAAACUAUUUAUUGCGAACAAAAUUAUUCAGGGU